AUGGAUUGUUGUCGAAGAGUAAUAUUCGUUAUUGUUUUGGUAUGUUUCGUCCGACACAGUCUUGCCGGUGACGAUAAUACAGUUAAUGCGAAUGGGACGAUAAAUUGGGCAGAUUUGCCUCCUAUUACCGAUGACUACGAGUCACCAGCGGAGUACGAUGAAGGAAAAUCGCCGUAUCCGGGAUUAUGGGCGAUGAUUGACGGUUGGAUCAAUGUUGUAUCUCCUGGAAGUCUGCCAUACGAUCUCAUCAACGAUGCAUUAGGCGGAUCAUUUGAAAUCACCGAAGUAACCAACCAUUUCACGGACUACUCGUCACUUCUCUUAGGUUUUGCGAUCUGUUUCGUUAUUGGAGCUCUCUUUCUGAUAAUAUUUCCAAUUGUUUGUGUAUGUUUUUGUUGCUGUCGAUGUUGUGGCAAGUGCGGGGGAAAGAUGUACCAGAAACAGACUGGGAAUAUGAGCUGCAAGCGAUGGACAUUCAUCCUCAUUCUGACGUGUGUAACUGUGGUUUUAGCUGGUGGCAUGGCGUGUUGUUACUUUGUCAAUGAAAGACAGACCACCGAGUUCCCCGCUGUAGGCCCUAACGUAAUAAUGAGUUUAGACGAUCUGUUCAAGUUCGUUGACAAUACCGUAGAUGAAAUCACAUUUGUCGCUAUCUCCCAAACUUCGUGGAUAUUUGAGCAAGUCAAAAAUGACUUGGACAAUGUUGGAACGUUGGUCGGUGUGCCGAUUCAAGAAGCGCUAGACCCGGUAGUUCAACCAGCAAUCGACGCAGUCCUUGAUAUGGUUGAUACGAUUACAGAUACACGAGAUGGAUUGUCGUCUUUAAACGCAAUGGUCACAGAUUUAGACUCUAAUUACACCGAUCUUACCGCUUCACUGUCCACCUUAAAAUCAAACAUAGACACAUUAUACACCACCUGUGUUGGUUGCUCCCCAACGCCAGGGAGCAUGGUGAGUACAUCAACCCUAGUCACUAAUAGAGAUUUCAGUGACGUUAUAUCUUCCGGAACAUACCCAAGGAUCAACGUUACAGCCACAAUAGUCGCUCUUGAUGCCAUUAUCGCUAACGAUCUAAAAGGUGAGGCUAAGGCCGGUGAGCAAACAUACAAAGACAUACCAGAAAUGAUACAAAACGAAACCAGCAGCGCCAUUGGAGAUCUGACUGACAGUUUCGACGAUUUCGAAGAUGAAAUCGCCAGUGGAUUGGACCCAAUGAUUGAAGCAUUAAACAAUCUGUCAUCUCAAACAGAGUCGUUCUACGACAUUAUCGAUGACGUCACUGAAAACGUAGAACGAUAUGGACCGUACAGAAGUAACCCGCUUAUCGUUUUAUGUUGUAUCCUCUUGGCAAUCGUGUGUUUGAAUUUACUCGGAAUCGCCUUUGGUAUAAUUGGCUAUGAUACUGAUGCUACGCCGACUCGACGCGGUGGAUUAUCCAACUGUGGUGGGAUACUACUGAUGUCGGCCGUAGGACUGUGUUUCAGUUUUGCCUGUAUUUACAUGCUUUUAACAGCAUUUCCCUUCAUAGUCGGUGGUCCAGUGCAUAAAAUAAUCUGCCAGCCGAUACUAACCCACGAGAUUUUCGAGAAAACUAUUGACCAACCAGACAUUAUCACUGACGGUUAUUUCUUGGGAGAUCUUAUGUUUGAUGACGGGAACGUGUCCUUGACAGUGACCGGAAUAUUGGAUGGUUGUGAAAACAACUUAGCAGCGUUCACAGUGUUUCAAUUAGAAAACAUCGUGAAUAUAUCUCAAUUUUUAGACAUAGACGAGUUUAUCCCGGAUGGUCAGUUUGACGACUUAAACGUAAAUAUUUCAGACCAAAUCGAAAUUAUGUCAGACACAACGCGAGACAACCUUUUGGAUGCACAGAAUGCGGGCGCAGCAGACAUCGACUGGACCGUUUUCAAAGCAGAGUUAAAUUCGAAUUUGAUUGAUUACGGAGAAAAUCUUGACGUCUUUGCUGACGCUUUGCAGGCAUAUAUAGACUCAUCACCAGGUUUUCCUAGCGGUGUAAAGAAUGAUUUCCAAUCGAUGGUAACAGUCAUACGUGAUCUGCAAGAUGGUGAAGUCGACCCAUUAGUAUCGCUCCGUGAUCAAGUACUUCAAACUGUACUGCAAGUCGAAACCGAUUCAAAUACUAUAGACACCGCCAUUAAUCUAACGAUCUGGACUGCGGAAGCUGCUGAUGUAUAUAUAGAAAACAACCUAGACAGCGUAGUGGCUGACGAAAUAAACGCAUUUCAGACGAGGAUUCUUGACUAUCCGCGUCAGUUUGUUGACUACGUCAAAGACAUGAUAUUCAACGAAAUCGGGAAAUGUCGCCCUGUUUACAAUUUGUUGCAACACUUCAUCAACACAGUUUGUCGAAGUUUCUUGGACGCAUUCAACGGACUUUGGUUCUGCAUGGGAUGGUGUGUUUUCUUCAUGAUACCAAGUAUUAUAUUUGGAGUCAAGUUGGCUAAGUACUUCCGCCGAAUGAACGAAGAAGACGUAUAUGACGAUGGUAUGGAAAUGCAAGACAAAGCGCCCUCUUACAAGUCUGGUCCUCCGAUAAACGCUUACGGGAAGAAUAAAGUUGACCCUGCGUUUUAA